GUGGGUUAAAACAACACAGCUUUUACAUUCGUGUUUUUAUUGUCCUAGGAGUUUAGUUAUUUCUAUUCUGUGUGACCUAAAGCUUGUGUUGUCAGGGGAUAUUAACAUAGCUAUAUGUUAUUGAUUUGUAGUUACCUAAAACUAUGAACAACAGCUAUUAACAAACCAGAUAUUUUGUGAGACGUCAUGGCUAGCAUGUAUGGUUCAAGCAUGUCACUGGAUAAUAGUAAUUUAAAAAGCAGCAUGAACUACUCAACAUUAAGUUUAAUAAAUGCAACUAAUCCAAGUGGAAGUGCUAAACAGAGUGAUUUUAAUACAAAAGAUUUUGUUUUUUGUCUAACACGAAAGGUGAUGAUUAACAACAAAGAGUUGAUGUCUGCCAUACAGUAUUUAAAUCCUGAGUAUACUAUUGCUGAGACAGAAGAUGACUUAUCCCUUUUGGCCGAAGAAAGAAGGAAGUAUUAUUUCAUAUGUGAGACAUUUCGUGGUGAGCUGUUUAAACUGCUUAGAAAAAAACAAUGUCGGAUUUGCGCACCACCAUUUUUAGUUUACAUACAUAAUCGAAAAAGGUCUAUACCACAAACUUCAAGACCUUUAUUUAAUGGCUCCAUGUUUGGGGUGGCAGUCUGCUUUACAGGGUUCGCUACUAAAAGAGAUGCUGUUAGUCAAUUGGCAGACCUGGUACAUUUUAUGGGUGGAAGUGUUCGUAAGGAUUUCAGUGGGAAGAUCACGCAUGUGGUUGCUAAUCUGGCACAAGGACAAAAAUACAAAGCUGCUGUAAAUCUUGGGAAAUAUAUAAUGACCGAAGAAUGGGUACUAAAUUCAUGGGAAAAUAGAAAUGAUGUAACUUUCAAAGCCACAAAGACAGAAUUUGUUGAGCAACAUCACAUGAAACCUUUCCAUGGACUGAAACUAAGUUUCUUAGGAUUUUCUGAAGAAGAAACUCAGCAUAUUGAGGAAAUGACGUCACAAAAUGGUGGUGAAUUUUAUCCUGUUGGAACUGAGGACUGCACCCAUUUAGUAGUUGAAGAUACAUACUGUGGUGAAUUGCCGCAAGAUGCCCUUAAAUCUAUCAAUGUUGUGAAACAAGAGUGGUUUUGGGCCAGUAUUCAGCUAGAUGCAUGUGCAGAAGAAUCUAUGUAUUUCUACAUUACGGAGGAAGGAACACCUUUGGGUGUAGGGUCGCAUCGCUUAAAGAAAAAAAGAAAGCUCCUCAAUGCAUCUGACCUCAGUGAUUUGCUCUCACCUGGAUCACCAUUUUCUAACAACAAACGUCGAAGCAGAGAUGGACGUUUAUCUACGAUAUCCUCAGCCACUUUUGAUUCCUCACUUGGCUCACCAUUCUCAAUAUCUACGGCAGACAGUCCUGAUGUAAGAGAACAGUUGUUAAAAAAACGUUUAACUGCAAGACACCAAACAUGUUUGGAACUUCAACAGACGGAAAGAAACUAUGUGGAAAUAUUGAGAACUGUGAUCAAGGUUUUCAAAGAACCUUUAGAACAAUCCGCCCAUCAACGUGGUGGAGCUCUUUUAGCUGCAGAGGAGAUUAAAACAAUAUUUGGACCUAUUCCUGACCUGUUAGAAGUGCAUGAAAAGCUAUUAAAUGCCAUUGAUGGGAUGUUGAAUGUUUGGAAUGAAGACCAAUUGAUUGGAAAAGCUAUUGUAGAUUGUGCUGAUGGUAUGAUUAAAGCAUAUCCAGGAUUUGUCAAUUACUUUGAAAUAAUUAAAGAGACCAUAGUGAAGCGUGACAAAGAAAGACCUCGCUUUCACGCUUUUCUCAAGAUCUGUCUCACUAAACCAGACUGCGGGCGUCAAAGUUUAACGGAACUGUUAAUACGUCCAGUACAAAGAUUACCUUCAUUAAGUCUCCUGUUAAACGAUAUUUUGAAAAAGACGCCCGAAAGUAAUCCUGAUCAUGUUCACUUGAAAGAAGCAGUUGCGGCCAUUAAAAAUGUGCUGACUUAUAUCAAUGAAGAUAAGCGCAAGACUGAACAUCAAGUCCAAAUGUUUGAAAUUAUCCGAGAUGUUGAUAAUUGUCCUCCAUACAUCCUAUCAUCCCACAGAAGUUUAGUCUCAAAAGCUGACGUGUUUGAAGUGUCGGAGGGACUUGUGACAAAAUGCGAUCACAUCACAAUGUUUUUGUUUAACGACAGUAUUGAGAUUGCAAAAAGACGAAAUCGCGGGGGAACGAAUUCUGUUACAUCGAAGAGUCCUGCUAUCCAAAACAUUCAACGUGGUACCCAGCAAAAAGCGUACAAACAUCUGGAAUUUUUACAACUAGCCCACCUGAAGUCUGUCGUGGAUAUCAAAGAUGAAAGCGAAGAAUACAAAGACAUGUUUGGUUUGAUUUAUCUCUUCGAAAACAAGGACAAGCUUAGUAUAUAUAAAUUAAACGGUGGUAGUGAGGCCAAGGAAGACUGGAUGACUAAGAUUGUCAAGUGUUUGAGCGACACGAAAUGCACAGCUGAUAUGGAGAAUUUCUUGGUGACGGUUGAUGCAACUGAGUUGUCGCUGGAUAAGAGUGAUCUUCAAGAGACAAAAGAUCGCACAGGUUCCCUGUCGAAAGUGUUUAAAAAAGCUAAAGGUGGACUGAGUAAGAAGGUGUGUCGUGCUUUUUCUUUGAACAAAACACCUAAACAACAACAUCAACAAAACAACAAAGUCGCCAAUCCCUGUCUACGUAGAGCAUUAUCAAGUAUCACCCCUGGCAACGAUGAAUACAUCAUUCCACACACCCCCAAUGCGAUUAGCCCUUCUCCAAGUGAAUAUACAAUGAUGGAUUAUUCUGUAUGCGAUGAUAAGUGAUUGAUUAUGACAUCGCAGAAUGAGAAUGAUUUGUUGGUCAACGCAUGUUGUAUAUUAAGUUAUUAUAAAUAUAGACGUAAAAUAUUAGGAGAGAGAAAGACAGAGGUAUCCUUUUCAAAGUAGUUACCACCUGUGACGUCACGUUGAGCAAGAAACACAUCUUCACCGAUCAAUGGUCGGUUUGUUAUGGAUAUGUAAGAUGUCGAGCAUUGCGUGGUUGAUUAAUUUGUUAGUAUGAAAGACUGCUCGACGAGUAAAGUUUAUUAUGUAUACUUCAGUUUUUAUAUGAUUGUAAAAAUAUUUCGGAUAGUAGUUAAGUAGUUAUUUUCAUGGUAGGUGAUGAUUGCGAAAAGUUUACUUGUAAUAGUAUCUUUUUUCAUCGCGUUAUCUUAUAUAUAAGUAAGUCAUUUGUAAGUCGUUUCAUAUUUUUUCCUACAAGCGAUGUUCACUUUUGAAAUAACCGGUAGCAAUUAUGAAACAUCGCGAGAAAUAGUCGUGUUUCAAAGUCUAAAAAAGGCAUUCAUUAUUUUAAACGUAUUCCUUUUAAUGUAAAAUCUUUAAUUUUUUUAGCAUUGUUCUAUAUAAUAACAUUGUAUAUUAUAACUUGUUACUUUCUUCAUAUUUAUUUCUUAUUUUUUUUUUUUUAAAGUUCAGUGUAUGAGGCGGAAUGAUGUUUCUGUCCAGAGCUACUUUUCGAUUCCGUGUAUUUAUCUGUCUAUCUUUUGUUAUAAUCAAUAGAAUGACCAAAGAAA